GUAAUCAUCUAGAUGAUAGAUCCAGAUAUAUUACAAAUUUAAGUCUAGAUGCUAACAUUUCACUUAAGUUAAUCUCAGCAGAGAUCUAGAAUCUAGGCCUAGGCUGCCCAAUUUUAUCCAUGGAAGAUGAAUCCAAAUUCAAAUUGUUUAAUAUUUGCAUGGUCUCUGACUUUUUUUACCCUAACAUGGGCGGGGUAGAAAGUCACAUCUAUCAGUUAUCAUCUUGCUUGGUUGAAAGGGGACAUAAAGUGAUUAUUGUCACACAUUGCUACGGUGACAGGCAAGGAGUUCGCUAUUUAGCUAAUGGAUUAAAAAUUUACUAUCUUCCAUUUCUUCCUUUCUACAACCAGUGUGUCCUCCCAACAAUAUUUCCUACUUUUCCUCUCUUGAGAAAUGUAUUUAUUCGAGAAAAUAUUCAAAUUGUGCAUGGUCAUUCGGCUUUUUCAACGCUAGGCCACGAGGCUAUGUUUCAUGCUCGUACAAUGGGGCUGAAAACGGUGUUUACUGAUCACAGUCUGUUUGGCUUUGCUGAUGCAAGUUCCAUUCUAACGAACAAAGUUCUGAAUUUUUCUCUUGUAGAUUGCACUCAUACAAUAUGUGUCUCUCAUACCUGCAGAGAAAACACAGUUCUUAGAUCAAACAUAAGCCCAUCCCUAGUCUCUGUGAUACCAAAUGCUGUGGACUCUACAGUCUUUCUACCAGAUCCAACCCAACGGCAGCCAGGAAAAAUCACAGUUGUUGUCAUCAGUCGACUUGUUUAUAGGAAAGGUAUUGACCUGCUGGCAGGUAUCAUACCUACAAUAACAAGCAAGUAUCCACAAGUACAGUUCAUUGUUGGAGGAGAUGGUCCAAAACGUAUUCUACUGGAAGAGGUCAGAGAACAGUUUCAACUCCAUGAUAGAGUGAAGAUGUUGGGAUCACUGCAACACAGUAUGAUUAGAGAUGUACUAGUUCAGGGUGACAUUAUGCUUAACACAUCUUUGACAGAGGCAUUUUGCAUAGCCAUUAUUGAAGCUGCUAGUUGUGGACUUCAAGUAGUGAGCACAAAAGUUGGAGGAAUCCCUGAAGUCUUACCACCAGAAUUACUCUACCUGGCAGAGCCAAACUCACAAGCCAUGACAUUGGAGCUAGAGAAGGCUAUUGAGGACAGGAUACACAAUAGGAAUAUGGACCCAUUUGAGCUGCAUCAAAAGAUCAAGGAGUUUUACUCUUGGAGGGAUGUGGCGAUGAGAACUGAAGUGGUGUACCAGAUAGUCAUGGAAGCACCUGUGCCCAAUGCUGCCACCAGGCUACAGAGGUUCAACCAGUGUGGGCCAGUUAGUGGUAAACUCUUUAUGCUUACUGCAGUGCUUAAUAUGAUCCUACUGUGGGUGCUACAAUGGAUAUGGCCUGACCAGAGCAUAGGUAAAGCUGAAACAUUAAAACUUUCACAAGUGGUCAAAUGUGAACAAAGGUCAGAUGUUUUAAUGGGGAAAAAAAGUUCUUCAAAUGGAACAAAGUCAUUAAUAAAAUUAAGCUAAUAAGAUGCUGAUCUAGUCUUAUGUUGAAAUUGAGGUGAUGUUUAUAAAAUCAUUCCAUAAAGCCUAAUAGCAUUUGCUGAUAAUGUUACAAUGUUUUGCUGUAUUUGACAAGUUAUUGUACCAAAGUCUUAAAAUUAUCUUACAUUGUUGUUAUUUAAACAACAAAAUAUGUAUGGCAUUUGUUUUGUCCUGUGGCUGUAGAGUUGUUAUGAUAACCUUGUAAACAUGGCUAUUUAGGCAGCUUGACUUUGCCAUUUGCCUUGUCAUUUGCUGGGUUGUUUUCUUAAUGAUAUGUUCUCAAAUUCAAAUGUGAUAAACUAAAAAAUGUUUUUAAAAUACUUACACAAAAUGAGCUACUUGGGUACUACUGUUGGUCUCUUAUCUCUAUUGUAGAAUAAAUCAAAAUUGUUUGUUCUUCUAAGAAACAUUUUACUUAGUUUUGUAAUAGACACAUUAUGUAAAACAAAAGCUGUAGCUAUUCUUAGUUUCAAUUUUUCCUGAAACACUAAAAGCUGUAUGUACAUAUAUCUCAAUUACUCUUUUCAUUCAUUAUUUGUACCAUUUUCUUCUUUAUUUUCUUUAAAGUUUAUGGAAAAUCUUUCACUUAAUUAAAUCAAAGAACAUUUUAAAAAAAACAAACAACCUGUAUGUAUGAAUCAAAAAGUAUUGCAACCUAAUGUGUAUUUGUUACAAUUAAUUCUGACAACACUAUAAACAAAAUGAUGUUCAUGUUUUUAUAUUAAAAGUUUAAACGUCAAUCUACAUAUCACUUUACAACCUUCUUUAACUGUAUAGCUUUGGAAUUAAUUUUAGUACUUUAUUCAAUAAAUAAACAUGUGCUUUUUUUAAAAACAUUUUUACAUGCUUAACAAAAGAAAAAUGUUUUUUCUUUUUGUUUGUUUGGCUAAAUAUAGAUCUACCUGGGUAAUUUCUUAAAAGCUUUAGUUGUUGAACUAGUCUGAGACAGAAAAUUGAGGCUCUGUGCUGAAUCCCAUUAUAAUGAAUUGAGAGGAAUCCAUUAACCUAGCUUUCCCAACAUGGUACAAAGUAGAGCCACAGCCAUCAAUGCCUGCAUUUAGAGCUACAGAAAUGCAUUAUUCAGAAAAUGGCUAAGAGUGAUUAGCAUUAUUUUAUCUGACUACACAGACCCAGUUUUGACCUGCCUACCUUGUCUCUGAUGAAGUUAAAUUGUUGUCUGCUGGGCUAUUUGUGGCUGUCUUCUGUAAUAGUCUUUAUUUGGAUCUCAGAAGUGUGUCUUGUAAGCUCUAUUAGAGUUCUCAACUUGUCUUUUCCAGCUGUUUUUCUCAAUACCAGUGCGGAUCAACUGAUGACUAAGUUUGAUAGCCCUUCCACCUCUGUUACACCACAUACUCCUUGACUAAAUUAUAUAAUAAAUGUAAUAGCUAAUAUUUUGAGAAUACUUCCAAUUACCAAACAAAUCAAAGAAGUAAGGUGAGAUUCACUUCAGACUUUGAUAGUUUGAGCUGAAUACAGUCAUUGAGUGUAGUUACUUGAUAUACCAUUGAUAGUCCUCAUCAUUUAUGCAAAGGCUCCCCACAUAGUACAUACACCAAAGC